AUGGGCAAGAAAGACAAGCGCUCCAAGCUCGAGGGUGACGAGCUUGCCGAAGCUCAACAGAAAGGAUCUUUCCAACUUCCAUCAUCGAACGAAACAGCCAAACUCGAUGCUUCUCAAUGGCCUCUUUUGCUGAAGAACUACGACAAGCUCAACGUUCGUACCAACCACUACACACCUCACGUUGAAGGAGUUUCUCCACUCAAGCGUGAUAUCAAAAACUACAUCUCAUCUGGUUUCUUCAACCUCGACAAACCAUCCAACCCAUCGUCUCAUGAGGUCGUUUCCUGGAUCAAGAGAAUUCUUCGCUGUGAAAAGACCGGACACAGUGGAACACUCGAUCCAAAAGUUUCUGGAUGCCUCAUCGUUUGCAUCGAUCGUACAACCCGAUUGGCAAAGUCGCAGCAAGGAGCUGGUAAAGAAUACAUCUGCAUCUUCAAGCUCCACGAGGAAGUUGAGGAUGAGCGCAAGGUGAAGCAAGCUCUUGAGAAGCUCACUGGAGCUUUGUUCCAACGCCCACCACUGAUCUCUGCUGUCAAGAGACAGCUUCGUAUUCGUACUGUCUACGAAAACAAAUUCAUCGAAUAUGAUCCAGCUCAACAAAUGGGAAUUUUCAACUGCAUUUGCGAGUCUGGAACCUAUGUCCGUACAAUCUGCGUUCACCUUGGUCUCAUUCUUGGUUGCGGAGGACAAAUGCAGGAACUUCGAAGAAACAGAUCCGGAAUUUGUGAUGAAAACGAGAACAUGGUCACUAUGCAUGACGUCCUCGACGCUCAGUAUAUGCUGGACACCCAAAAGGAUGAAAGCUACAUGCGACACAUCGUCCGUCCACUUGAAGCUCUUCUUACACAGCACAAAAGAGUUGUUGUGAAGGACAGUUGCGUUAACGCAAUUUGUUAUGGAGCCAAGAUCCUCAUUCCUGGAAUUCUUCGCUACGAUGAUGACAUCGAAGUUGGAAAGGAGAUCGUCAUUAUGACGACCAAGGGAGAAGCAAUCUGCAUCGCUAUCGCUCAGAUGAGCACUUCCACUAUUGCUUCAGUCGACCAUGGAAUCGUAGCUAAGUCGAAACGUGUGAUCAUGGAGCGGGACGUCUAUGGAAGAAAGUGGGGACUGGGACCAGUAGCCUCAAAAAAAAAGCAGAUGGUCAAGGAUGGACUUCUCGACAAAUUUGGAAAGCCAAACAUCACCACCCCAAAAUCGUGGGCCAAGGAGUACGUGCAAACUGAUAAGGUGAAGAAGGAACAAGAGGACAAAGAAGAUGAAGAGGAGGAAGAGGCUCCAAAAAAGAAGUCGAAGAAAGCAGCGAAGAAAGAAGUGUCGAGCAGCAGCGACAGUGAAUAA